GAUCGCAAAGUUCUUCAAUAUCAUUUUCUAAACACAAAACUAAAAACAGUUCUUCUUCUUCUUCAACACUUCCAUCAUCACUAUCCCAAUCUCAUCACACAAAAAAAAAAAAAAAAACAAUGAAAAACAAAACAAAGAAAAACACAACAACAACAACUACCUACGACAAUGCAAACUCCAACAAUCCAUGGUCAACCUUAAUCAACAAAGGAACAACCUUAACAACAUUCACAACAAUAGCAUUAUUCGUAUUCUUGAUCCGUUUCCUCGUAUCACUAUACCCAUAUUCAGGUUUCAACACCCCACCAAAAUUCGGUGAUUUCGAAGCGCAACGGCAUUGGAUGGAGAUAACAAUCAAUCUUCCUGUUCGUGAUUGGUAUAAAAAUGGAACCUUUAAUGAUUUGAGUUAUUGGGGUCUUGAUUAUCCUCCUCUUACUGCUUAUCAGAGUUGGGUUCAUGGUGUUUUUCUGAGAUUUUUUCAUCCUGAAUCUGUUGAGUUGUUUGAUUCUAGAGGGCAUGAAUCAUAUCUUGGAAAACAACUAAUGCGGUGGACAGUGAUAUCAUCUGAUGCCCUAAUAUUCUUUCCAGCUGUAUUGUACUUUAUUAUUGUUCAUUAUAAUCAAACUUCACGGAGCCGUAAAACUGAUUUGGCAUUGCACAUUACCAUGCUUUUGCUAAACCCGUGUCUGAUCUUAAUCGAUCACGGCCACUUUCAGUACAACUGUAUCAGCUUGGGCUUUACUGUUGCAGCUGUUGCUGCUAUCCUCUCGGAGAAAGAUCUUGUUGGCUCUGUUUUCUAUUGUCUAGCUCUAAAUCAUAAACAGAUGAGUGCAUAUUUUGCGCCCGCUUUUUUCAGUCAUCUAUUCGGCAAAUGCCUGAGACGUAAACAUCCACUCCUUGAGGUGACAAAACUAGGAUUGGUGGUGUUAGGAACCUUUGCAGCAGUGUGGUGGCCUUAUCUGUAUUCAACGCAGUCUUUUUUGGAGAUCCUCUCUCGUCUUGCUCCGUUUGAAAGAGGAAUAUUUGAGGAUUACGUGGCCAAUUUUUGGUGCGCCACUUCAAUUAUCAUCAAGUGGAAGAGAUUGUUUGCAACAGGGCCACUAAAACUUCUCAGUUUCUCUGCAACAAUUAUAUCUUGUUUUCCUUCAAUGGUUCAACAAAUAAAGUCUCCAAGUAAUAAAGGGUUCCUUUAUGCGCUGCUUAACUGUUCUCUGGCAUUUUACUUGUUUUCUUUUCAAGUGCAUGAGAAGUCCAUUUUGUUGCCACUUCUUCCAGCAACCAUGCUAGCUUUGGAAGAGCCCUUUAUUUUCAAGUGGUUCAUGAAAUUCGCAAUGUUCUCCAUGUUCCCUCUAAUGUGUCGUGACGGCUUGAUUGUUCCAUAUUUCGCUUUAUUCGCCCUCUUUAUCUUGGUCCUCAAUGCACCUGGUCAACACAGAGUUAAAGAGAAUAACUACUUUCAUAAUUAUUUAGGCGCAACAACGAUUCACCUUAUUUUAUUUUUUUCUUUAAUUCUUCACAUAGUAUAUUUGACAAUGCAACCUCCUAAGAAGUAUCCUUUUAUUUUUGAAGCAAUAAUUAUGAAUCUGUGCUUCUCUCAAUUUGUCAUUGUAACUCUUGGCUGCAAUGUAAAGCAGUGGAUGUUAAACAAACCUGUCAAAUUGGAUGAAAUAGAAAAGAAGCUCAUUUGACAUUUUGGUUUCACUUUUGAAGUUAGAUGAGUUGUUUUUUGUUAGAUAGUUGGAUUAUGAGGUGUGACUUGUUUGAUGCAUUUCAACUAUGGUUUAUAUCAAUUGAAUUAGGAGAUUGGCCUGCAUUGACCUAUAUUGUAAUGAUUAUAAUAUUUAGUCUUUUGUUCU